AUGCGUUUAAUCAGUAAAGUUUUGGUGAAAACAAAUUGCCUAGAGGUAGGUAUGAGGAGGGCCCCACAAUGGUAUUCUCACUACUCUACUACAGCGGGCAAUGCUCGUGUGAACAAGAAGGGCAGCAAAGUAGUGCCUGUGUUAACAGGGUUAGCACUGGCAUCCAUAUUCGCGAAGAAAUGGUAUGACGAUUCCCAGAUCAAAAAGGCGGAUGCCACCAGCGUUGCAGUGGACGCAUCCAUCUCUGCGUUCCCUAAGAAGAUGGGCCCCCCACAGUGGCCCUUCUCCACGCAAUAUGAGCUGAUUGGUAAGGGUGUACGUUGUGUCUCAUCGAUCACUUUCAAAGCAUAUGGUCUGGGCAUAUAUGUGGCCGCUGAAGACAAACAUCUGGUCUCUGAAGUACUGGACUCAAAGUUCCUGUCUCAGGCGUUCAUCGACACUGCGGCACCCCCAUCACCGGAAAACUCACAUCAGGAUAAUUUGCGUGCGGCUUUGAACGAUCCUGCUAAGGCCCCUAUCCUGAUUAAUAACCUCUUAGACAGCGGAAUCAGACUAAUGUCCAAGAAUACUCCGAUAAAAGCAGGUUCCUUCAAGUUAUUGAUGGACGGCACCAAAAAGAGCGUCCUAAAGAACCCAGAUUCUCAGUCUCAAGACAAAGACCGGCUGGAAGCUGGAUUCCAAGAAUUGCAUGACUGUUUCAGGAGCGUAAAAGGACUUGUGGCUCGAGAUGAUGAUUUUUUCAUUGAGCUGAAUAAGGACUGCUCUAUGAAUUUGUCUUACUACGCAAGAAAGAAGGAUGAAUUUGUGAUAUUGGGCACAGUGAAGGAACCCCUUAUUGGAAAGCUCUUAUUUGCCCACUACCUAGCUGCUGUGGAUCCUCCUUCUCCGGAGGCUAGGAAGGAAGUAAUCGAUGCACUCGUCUCUCUAUCUUAG